UGAAACCAUUCCUGGAGAUUAUUUUCCUAUUGUUUUUUUCACAAUAUCAAGACAUAAAAAUUUCCAGGAUGGUUUUCAGUAGUCAUGUGGAGAUAUGUGUCAGUUCCGGGACACUCCAGGACAUUUCUAGAUAGUUGGAAAUCCUAGGUGUGCUUCGCCCUCCAAAAUUUCAGUAAGGUGUUGCCUUACCAAAUAAUGAGGAGAUGCAAACAUACUAUAAUUAAUAUUCAUUUAGUUAAUAUCCUUUGUAACGAAGUGUCAUCAUUUUGUAUUUUAGUUUGCUAGGCAUGCUGGGGGCAGUGGGGUGGGCAAUACAACAGAAGUAUCCAUCUCUUCUGCCCUCCACAACAGGAUUAAUAUCAAUGUGAUGGCUGGGUCUUGUCUGUAGAAACAGUGCAGGGAUGAAAGGUUAAUGUUAUGUUUCCCCGUCCAAUUCCACUCUGCAUCGCAGCUGCUUUUAAACAUUGAAAAAGGCACAUAGAGACCAGUAAAGGAUCUUCUACCCAUCAUGUGUACCUUGGCUCUUAAAUAAAAAAACUUGGAUGUUGAGUAUCAGAAAUAGCCUGGCACAUGCAUUGCUUCUACAGUGCUGGCUGCUGUGCACUAAAAGCAGGAAAGAAGACAGGUUACCUGGUUUGGUUGCAGAGGAUUUCAGUUCCUACCAACUUGUAUAGAGGACAGGAGAGAGUGCUGAAAAAGUCAACUUCUUAAUGGAGCGUUCCAAAAGCCCAGAUUAUUGCAGCCCGCCAACCUCGCCAACUGACAACAUCAACCUGGGACCUUCUGCUAAUCCCAAUGCCAAGCCAACAGAUUUUGACUUCCUAAAAAUAAUUGGCAAAGGAAGCUUUGGGAAAGUCCUUUUGGCGAAACGCAAGUCUGACGGGCAAUUCUAUGCUGUCAAAGUUUUGCAGAAGAAAUCUAUCCUCAAGAAAAAAGAGGAAAAUCACAUAAUGGCAGAACGCAAUGUGCUGCUGAAGAAUGUGAAACAUCCCUUCCUUGUGGGGCUUCACUAUUCUUUCCAGACAAAGGAGAAACUUUAUUUUGUACUGGAUUAUGUAAAUGGAGGAGAGCUGUUCUUCCACUUACAAAGAGAACGCUGCUUCCGUGAACCUCGUGCACGCUUCUAUGCAGCUGAAAUGGCCAGUGCAGUGGGCUACCUCCAUUCCUUGAACAUCAUUUAUAGGGACUUGAAACCUGAAAAUAUCCUUUUAGAUUGUCAGGGUCAUAUUGUACUGACAGAUUUUGGACUCUGUAAAGAAGGAAUGGAGCAAGAAGAAACAACAUCUACUUUCUGUGGCACCCCAGAGUACUUGGCUCCAGAAGUGCUAAAGAAACAGCCUUAUGACAGAACCGUUGACUGGUGGUGCCUUGGAGCAGUCCUCUAUGAAAUGCUUUUUGGCUUGCCUCCAUUUUACAGCCGGGAUGUGUCUCAGAUGUAUGAAAAUAUUCUGCAUAAGCCACUUCAGGUUCAAGGAACCAAGACCAUAGCAGCUUGUGAUAUUCUGCAGGGACUUCUUCAUAAAGAUCAGAAGAAGAGGCUGGGAGCCAAGACAGACUUUCUUGAGAUAAAGAACCAUAUGUUCUUCAGUCCAAUAAACUGGGAUGACUUGUAUCAUAAGAGGAUCACUCCUCCAUUUGAUCCUAAUGUGGCUGGUCCUGCUGACCUAAGGCAUUUUGACCCGGAGUUCACCCAGGAAGCAGUCUCCAGCUCCAUCAUCCGCACACCUGACUUGGCAGCCAGCAGUUCCAGUACCACAGAUGCUUUCCUGGGUUUUUCUUACGCACCAAAUGAUGAAGACUAAUGCAAGCUGUGUAAACGGGGCUUGAGAAAACCAGUUUUAGCUAUUUAAAUGAGAGAAAGCCAUUACACUCCAACUAAUCUUCUAACUCGAACCGAACCCUCAAGAUUUGAGAUACAGGACCUUCAUAAUGUGAAUGUUCCUCUAACAGAGGAAGUGCUGAUUAUUCUAGUUAGAAUAAUUUUAUUUCUACAGAAUCUAACAUAUUUAACUACAUAGUCUUGUACCCAAAUAAUGUCAUCCUAUGAGAAUGCAUGUGUUUGGAUAGCCACAGGUUUCUUAAAGGGGACCCCAAGGUAUUCUGGCCUUGGUGGCUGUGAACUUGGAAAUGAAGAUGAUCAGAUUGUUUAUCCCCUCUACUUGUGGUUCACUGCAUCCCACUUUGUCCUUAUUUAUGGAGGCCCUUGGGAUUCUCAGGAAAGACCUUUGAGACUCGCCAUAGAAUCUUCAUCCUAGUCCUUAGGGAGCCCUACCAUUCCUCGCAGCUGGCCCUCCUUCGCUUUUGCAUGACACUGCAUUAUCUAUUGUCAAAUUAGUUGCCACUGAAUCGUGGGUUUUUUUGUUUUUUUUAGUAUAAGUGAGUAAAAGUGAUACCACGUCCAGAUUAAAUUUAUAUUUUCUUUUUAGCUUGUGAACCAGUGCUCACAAUCCUAAUUUCCAUUGUUGGGAGUGGCAGAGUGUAGGCCCCCACCAUAUCAUAUCUGUACUAGUUAGUAGCUUCUAAUUUUACCUCAGAAAUGGUGCCAGCCUUUUGCUUAUAUUUGUAGUAGUUUUGUUCAUUGUCUUCCUUUUUAUAUGAAAGCUACCCAGUGAUAAAGGUUUGGCCAUACUACCUCUUGACUAGGGAUGUGCAGAACCAGUUCAUGAUUGAACGAGAUUGCCAUGAACCAGGCCGGUUCGAUCGCGAACCACUCCAAACUGGUUCAUUGAACUGUCAAGCCCAGCCAAACCAGUCCACAUACCCACGGUUCGGUUCGAACCGCACCAACCAUCUUGUGAACACCCCUAUUCUUUACCAUCUAGUGAAAAUAGCAAUGGAUUAAAAGCAGACACACAUCAAUCUGUUUAAAAGGCCUACCUAUUGAGGGCUGCUGAGCACAAACUAAUUAUAUCAAUAUGCAAUCUUUUAAACUUACAAAAUGGAAGACUCUAGCUUCAUUGGUGCAACUGUAGCAGUUUCUGAUUUUACACUAAUAUAUUAAUAUCUGGCUUAGGUAAUUACAAACACUAACUGCUAAUUUACAUCAGUUUACUGAAUUGCCUCAAUCAUUUGUGCUUCAAAACUUUAAAUCUAGACUGUGAAGGAUCUUACUACAAAAUAUGACUAUGCAAGAUCUUGGACCAAAAAAUAAAACAGAUUGAUUCUAGAGAUUUCCCUGCUACAAACUAAAGUUGAAACAAAUCCACCUUGCAGAUGAACUAUGUAGGAAGAACAAGUGCUGACUAGAAUGGGCUGUUAGUAUGCACAAGAACACAAAUGUGAAUGUCAUAACCUGAGGAAAUCCCUUUCCUCACUCCCUUAAAGUAGCACAAAGAUCAAGGUCUAUACCUAGAACAUGGAAAACUCAACUGCGAUUUAAGAUCAAAAUGACUGUCCAUUCUGGUGCCUUUGUACUCCUGUCUUAAACCCUGCCACCCACCCACCCCCACACACUGUCCAAAGUUAGUCUGAAAAGUGUCUCAUCUCAGACUUAUAUGCACUUAAUUUUAAAAGCUGUUGUGUUUAACUAUAUAUUGCCACAAGUGUCCAAGCCUGCUGUGCUGUGGGAAUACUUUUUGCUUGCCUCUGUUGUCAAGUCUAUGGUGGGGGGGCGGGGAGGAUUGCUUCAUAUGACAGUGUUGCCUGGCUGCAACUGUCUAGGUUUAUUGAUAUGCUGAGAACAGUGUAAUCAUGAUAAGAUAGAGUACUUGCAUUUUAUCUUGAGUGUUUUUCCUCAAAUUUUUAUGUUGGUGACUAUUUAAGACUUUAAUAAAAAGUAUAAUAUUUUAAAAGAGAA